GCCAUGGGCAAGGAUUACUACCAGACGCUGGGCCUGGCCCACGGCGCUUCCGAUGAUGAGAUCAAGCGGGCCUACCGCCGCCAGGCGCUGCGCUACCACCCUGACAAGAACAAGUUGCCCGGCUCGGAAGAAAAGUUCAAGGAGAUCGCCGAGGCCUACGAUGUGCUCAGUGACCCACUCAAGCGCGAGAUCUUUGACUGCUAUGGAGAAGAAGGCCUGAAGGGCUGUGGCCCCAGUGGUGGUGGCAGUGGUGGUACUAAUAGUCCCUCUUUCAGCUACACAUUCCAUGGAGACCCUCAUGCCAUGUUUGCCGAACUCUUCAGUGGCAGAAACCCAUUUGAAAGCUUUUUUGGUCAAUGCAACGGGGAGGAAGACAUGGACAUCGAUGACGACCCGUUCUCUGGCUUUCCAACGGACAUGGGUGGCUUCACCAAUGUGAACUUUGGACGUGCCUGCCAUGUUCAAGGGCCCACUUGGAAGAGGCAAGAUCCCCCAAUCACCCACGACCUUCGGGUCUCCCUUGAAGAUAUCUACAGAGGCUGUACCAAGAAGAUGAAAAUCUCCCACAAGCGGCUGAACCCUGAUGGCAAGAGCAUUCGAAAUGAAGAUAAGAUCCUGACCAUCGAAGUGAAGAGGGGCUGGAAAGAAGGGACCAAAAUCACCUUUCCCAAAGAAGGGGACCAGACCUAUAACAACAUUCCAGCUGACAUCGUCUUUGUUUUAAAGGACAAGCCACACAAUAUCUUCAAGAGAGAUGGUUCUGAUGUCAUUUAUCCAGCCAGGAUCAGCCUUCGAGAAGCUCUCUGUGGCUGCACUGUGAAAAUCCCGACUCUAGAUGGCAGGAUCAUCCCUGCUGUGUUCAAAGACGUCAUCAGGCCUGGCAUGCGGCAGAGAGUUCCUGGAGAAGGCCUCCCUCUCCCCAAAACACCUGAGAGGCGCGGGGACCUUGUUAUCGAAUUUGAAGUCAUCUUCCCGGAAAGGGUUUCCGUGACAUCCAAAGUCAUCCUGGAGCAGGUUCUUCCCCAGUAGCUGCCUGCAUUCCCCAAGGACUGAGCCAGGGACCUUUCCAGACCUGCAAGUUUCCGGACUGUUCCACUGGUUGCACACUGUGGGAGGGCACAGGGAGGGCUUUGGCUC